ACACCACACGGCUCAACUUACAUAGGCAGCGACAGCUUCCAAGGGCAUCAAUAAUUUGGAUCAAUCAAGGAUUGUCUAAAGGAAACAAAGUCAAGCACAGUUGUCAAAUAAAAGACAGGGCAGCAUUUACUUGGUUCAACAAUUCCUUUGAAAUUUUGUUGACGUAGUAGUGCGGAUGGAUAUCAAAUUGCUGUGAUGGAGCCAAUGUGAACGCAACACGAGACAGUUUAAUAGGAAACCUCAGCCGGCAAAGCUCUGAUUAUAACAGUGCCCGUCUGAACCAGUUACGUAUCGAAGGUUCAAGAUUAAUUUAAAUUGAGACACUGGUUCAGCAAAAGAUGGAAACCCACUUGUCUGAGAUGAAGGAUACUGAUGCUGCCAUGGUAGAUCUGGUAGACACCCAAGCAAUGUCUGACACCUCCUCAGAAAGGCGUCGUACCUCCUGGCGUACCUGCUGCGUUGGUUUUCUUCGCCGUAAUCUCCUAGUCGUUCUUCUUCUGCUUUCUCUUCUUCUCGGCCUCGGAGUGGGUUUCUUUAUCAAGCUGGGGACAGAUCUGACUUUUACGUCCAAGGAGAUAUCCUACAUCGCCUUCCCUGGUACCCUGUUCUUAAACAUGCUGAAGAUGGUCAUCAUACCUUUGGUGGUUUCAAGUCUGGUGUCAGGCAUGGCUUCUCUUGACAAACGUAUGUCUGGAAUCCUCGGCCUUAAGGCUUUGGUGUACUACUUCAGUACAACAUUCAUAGCUGUAGUCCUUGGCAUUGUCAUGGUGAUGUCAAUACAACCAGGCAAUCGACAAGAAUCCACGGAUAUUGAUCGAUCUGGCAACACGGAGUAUGUCAACACAGCGGACGCCAUACUGGAUCUGCUAAGAAACAUGUUCCCGCCAAAUAUUGUGGAGGCCUGCUUCCGUUCAUACAAGACUGUUCAGACACCAGAGAUGAUGGUGGAUGACCAAUCUGGGACCAUGACGACCGAAGACGGCGUUACUAUGGGUACCACACUCGAGCCUGAGAUCACACUGGUGUCCGUGGGCGGGUACCAGGAUCGAAGCAACGUACUCGGCCUGGUAGUGUUCUCCUGUGCCUUGGGUAUUGUGCUGGGUCGUAUGGGGCCGGAGGGAGAACCACUCAAAGCCUUCUCCAACUCUAUGAUGGAGACUAUUAUGAGGCUGGUUUGCUGCAUCAUUUGGAUUUCCCCCAUUGGAAUCUUCUUCCUCAUCCUUGGUAAGAUUCUAGACAUGGAUGACUGGGUGACCGUCUUCAGUCAGAUUGGCCUGUACUCGGCAACCGUCAUCUCUGGUCUUCUCAUCCACGGACUCAUUAUUUUACCUCUUAUCUUUGUCAUCUUCACUCGUAAGAAUCCCUUUGUCUUCAUGAAAGGUGUGUCACCAGCGCUGAUGACUGCCUUUGCCACUGCUUCAAGCUCGGCCACGUUACCACUGACCAUUAACUGUCUUGAGCAGAACAAUGGCAUAGACAAGCGUGUCACACGCUUCAUGCUACCAAUUGGUGCUACAAUAAACAUGGAUGGAACCGCUCUCUACGAAGCAGUGGCCGCCAUCUUUAUCGCCCAAGUCAACAAUUUGGAAAUGGACGUGGCUACUGUCAUAACCGUUAGUGUAACAGCCACCUUGGCUAGUAUUGGUGCUGCGGGUGUACCGCAAGCAGGCCUUGUCACACUGGUUAUUGUACUCAACGCAGUUGGUCUCCCGGCUGAAGACGUCACACUCAUCAUCGUCAUUGAUUGGUUCCUAGAUCGGAUCCGUACCACUGUCAAUGUAGCUGGUGAUUCCAUUGGAGCGGGCAUCGUUCAUUACCGGUCUCGUGAACGACUCGCUGCCAUGGAUCGACUCCACGGUAAUGAUAACAAGGACUUCCUAACCGAUGCUGGCACGGAGUAUCACCCAACGCUGAAAGAGUUCAAUACCAAACUGUGAGGACUUGAACUGAUGUAUUAAAGGUUGCCUCCAACCAUUUUGGCUACGGUUACCUUAACGCAUGUGCUUAUGCUAGCCAUUGCCUAACGGCUGCAGCGACAUUCCCACAUACGUUUGUGUAGCUUCCAGCCGUAGCCAAGACUUUCUAAUGCAUCCUCUCAAUCUCUCAAGACUGUGCUCCAGUAGAACACCUAAAUGUGUUGUUCAUGUUAGUUCCGUACAAAUGUAUUCAUAACUUGUGGUCUUUGAAACCACGGGCUCUCAGGUUUGUUAUAACACUUUGAAUCACAAGGAUAAAAAUGGAGUCUUUACACAGAAUUCUCAUUUUGUGGGACUGCGUUUAAUAUUAGAUGUUAAAUACACAGAUAAUACGUAGAUGUUGCUAGCUAUGAGUUGGGUCACUGAUUCGGAUCUUUGACGCUACGUAAAAAGUAAAUUUGAUCAUCAAUGAUAUAACAGUAAUUAGAAUGUUGGCAAUCGCUUGCUAUUUGUGAUUUCAGGAAUUUAGUUUGUGGCGACAACUUGAGGCUUAUAAUGUAUAUGGGAAAAAUAUAUGGUGCAUGUUUUGACAACACUAAUUGUUUAGAUAAACUAUUAUUUUGGUAUAUCCUAAUCUUGUAUACUCGAUUUUAUGGCGACUAUGUGUAGAUUUCACUGUUGCUUUUUACAUAUGUCUCAAGUAUUAUUUACUUUAUAAAAUUUUGUAUUUUUUAGAUUACUGAAAACGUAAUUAACUUCGAAGUUGAGGCGAAAACCAAUUUUGCUGUCUCUUGACUUUAAAAGAUUCUCCGUUGUAAGUGUUGGCGACACCCUCCAUAAAAACGAAAUGGUUUCUGGGCAUCACUUUGUGUUCGUACAUACAUUGUUAUCAUCAUUUAUGCUUUCGCGCGUUAAGACAUAAACUACGAGAGAGUUGACCUCUUUUCACUUACCAUGCAUGAAAUAAGUUUUAAUCAAACCACACUGAGUAUCUUUUCCUUUUUAUACGCAAGGUGAAGAGGGAUGACGAUGUAUCUUGUAUUUAAGUUUUGAACCAUAAAACAAUUAACGGAUAAAGGGAAAUUUCUGUAUUUAAUCAAAAUGUAAAUUAUGAACCUUUAUAAUUAGUAUAAGCUAUAAUUGAUGGAAUAUUAUAUGUUCAUAUUUUAAGAGGCCAUCUUGUCUAAAGAGAA